UUGCCCACUGUGGAGCAGCAGCAACAUCAUCACUUGAACAAACCGUUCCCGUCCCACGCCCCGUACACUACAACAAGUUCGGAACAUACGCCGGCCGGGUCCUAUACGCAUACUCACUCGGUGUCCGCUCAAGGUGCAUCCGCCUCAGGAGCUAAUUCCGGUGCCGGUGCCAGUUGCGGUGAGGGUAGGAGUAGUAGUAGCACUAGCAGUAUUGUGUCCGUGCCUGCCCUAGCCAGUGUGGGCAGUCCUGCGAGGCCGGACAGCCAAUCAGACUAUCUGGUACAGCAUCGUCUGGAUCCGUCUCCGGCUGUGAGAGAUGAUUACACCGCGGGAUUGCGAUCAGUUAAAUCAGCCGCACCGAUACAUGCGCACCACGGUCCACCUUCCGUUUCCACCGGACUUGGCCAGCCCGUGUCACCUGCUACCACUCACGUAAGCAUCCCGUACAUUUACACCGGGUCUGCAUGA